GCAUCGUUAGCAGAGCGCUAUCGUUUGCCCUCUCCAUCAUCCCAUCUCAACAGACAUCUCCGCACAUCUACUGCCUGGCUCUCUGGCAGACCUGCAUUGACCCUUGAGGGUAGUUGUCUCGACUUGCCGUCGCCCGCUCACAAGCCUCGCGGACCUGGAUUCCUGGAACUGGCCCAAGCUUUAUCAGUUUCAACCCCACCCAAACAACAAACGGACGACCAGUCUCCACGUCUUCCCGAUCAUCGAAACCAUCCAUCGAUCCAACCCAUCGCACGCUGCGGAUCCAGAGCAAGAUGACUGAGGUGUCGUCUACCCGCCUUUACCUGGGCAACCUGCCCCGGAAUGCUACCAAGGCAGAUGUCGAGGCUCACUUCGCGACCCAUGGCACCGGUGAAAUAACCGAGAUCAAGCUCAUGAAUGGCUUCGGCUUCAUCGAGUACAAGGAUGCCAUGGACGCCCGGGAUGUCGUGCCAGCUUUCCAUGGAUCCGACUUCAUGGGCGAACGCCUCACAGUCCAAUUUGCUCGAGGCUCCCGUCACCGUGAGCAAGGCGGCGGAUACAGCCAUGAGCGCAGCAGUGCUCCUCGCCCGCGUCGCACACCGCAUCGCAUGCAAAUCACUGGACUCCCCAAUGAUACCAGCUGGCAGGAUCUGAAAGACUUCGCCCGGCAAUCCGGACUUGAUGUCGUCUAUUCCGAGACCAACCGCAACGGCAGCAACGAGGGCUUUGUUGAGUUUGAAAGUGCUGCCGACCUCAGACUUGCGGUCGAGAAACUCGACGGCCGCGAGUUCAAGAACGCUCGCGUGACUUGCGUCGCCAACACCCAACCCGACAUCCCCCGGGGCGACCGAGCUCGUUCGCGUUCCCCGCGUCGUCCUUACGCGCCUCCCAUUGAUGACUACGACCGGCGUGUCCCGCCGCGUGGGUACAGCCCGCGCAGGGAUGGUUAUCGGGAUGGGAGGGGAGGCUAUCGUUCGCCUCCGCGUCGCGGACCGCCGCCCAUUGACGACUACCCGCCCCCGCGCCGCUAUGAUGAUCCUUACCGCGGUGGCCCUCGGGACUACCCUCCCCCGGAUCCCUACAUGAACGGCCGCGCCUACGAUCGUCGUCCUCCGCCGCCGGACUUCCCUCCUCGAGACCCGUAUGUGAGGGAGCCCUACCCUCCUCGUGACUAUGAGCGGCGUUACUAG